UUAACUUUCUACUCUCGUUUUUUAACUAUGCCUGUCUUGGCCCUGGUGAUGGAAAAAUAUUUUAGCUUUUACUUGCAACCUUCCUUUUACUUCAAACUAAUGUUGCCUUGCUCUUUUGCUUCCCGCUUGUCAGGAUUUGGUGGGCUUGAGACUGCAAACUCCACUGCCAGUGGGUUUAAUUUUGGGGGUUUCGGCUUAACUGCUAAUCCUGCAGUGAAUUUUAAUAUCGGGAAUUUUGGUGUUUCCACUACCUCCACUCCACCAUUCAAUUUUGGUAACAGUCUGGCAAGUGCAGGUGCUUUUGGAGGAUUUGGAACAACUACCACCACUGCGGGGUCGGCGUUUAGCUUUUCUGCUCCCACCAAUACAGGCACCAGUGGACUCUUUGGUGCUACUCAGAACAAAGGCUUUGGGUUUAGCACCAGCUUUGGCACAGGAACUGGAACUGGCUUGGGUACUGGCCUAGGAACCGGGUUGGGCUUUGGAGGCUUCGGCACCCAGCAGCAGCAGCAGCAGACUACGCUGGGGAGCGGCCUGUUCAGCCAGCCCACGCAGACCGCGGUGCAGUCCAACCAGCUCAUCAACACGGCCAGCGCCCUCUCGGCCCCGACGCUCCUGGGCGACGAGAGGGACACCCUUCUGGCCAAGUGGAACCAGCUGCAGGCCUUCUGGGGGACGGGCAAAGGGUACUUCAACAACAACAUCGCGCCGGUGGAGUUCACGCAGGAGAACCCGUUCUGCAGAUUUAAGGCUGUGGGGUACAGUUUAAUGCCCAACAACAAGGAUGAAGAUGGCCUGGUGGUCUUGGUGUUCAACAGAAAAGAAGCAGACAUCCGCGGCCAGCAGCAGCAGCUAGUGGAAUCACUGCACAAAAUCUUGGGAGGAAACCAGACCCUCACCGUCAACGUGGAAGGGGUUAGAACGAUGCCAGAUGACCAGACCGAGGUCAUCAUCUACGUCGUGGAGCGCUCGCCCAACGGCACCUCGCGGCGGGUUCCAGCCACGACGCUGCACGCACACUUCGAGCAAGCCAACAUCAAGACGUCCCUGCAGCAGCUGGGGGUCACGCUCGCCAUGGCCAGAACGGAGCUUUCCCCGGCGCAGGUGAAGCAGCUCCUGCAGAACCCCCCUGCCGGUGUUGAUCCUAUUAUCUGGGAACAAGCCAAAGUCGAUAAUCCUGAUCCUGACAAGCUUAUUCCCGUGCCAAUGGUGGGUUUCAAGGAGCUUCUGCGAAGACUCAAGGUCCAAGAUCAGAUGACCAAGCAGCAUCAAACCCGAUUAGAUAUAAUAUCAGAAGAUAUCAGCGAGCUGCAGAAAACCCAGACAACAACGAUGGCGAAAAUCGCGCAGUACAAAAGGAAGCUGAUGAAACUCUCUCACCGGACCCUCCAGGUGUUAAUCAAGCAGGAAAUCCAAAGGAAGAGAGGCGAAACUGGAAUAAGCAGUAAUAAGCCCUUCCCUUCUCAUCUGUCUCUGCAGGGCAGACUCAACGAGCUCAUGUCCCAGAUCAGGAUGCAAAACCACUUUGGAGCAGUGAGGGCUGAGGAGCGCUACUACAUAGACGCUGAUCUCUUAAGGGAAAUCAAGCAACACCUGAAGCAGCAGCAAGAAGGCCUGAGUCACCUGAUAAGCAUUAUAAAGGAUGACCUGGAGGAUAUAAAGCUCAUAGAAAAUGGCCUGAACGAGAGCAUCCCCAUCAGAGGGGGCAUCUUCAGUUGA